CCCGGAAGUAUUUCUGUUAGCGGGGUCAUAAUGGUAGCUCGCUGCGUUUUGAAAGGGUCGAAAUGAAAACCGGUUACAUGGUUAAGGAACAUGUAUAAAACGUCAUGCAGCAGACUGGCAGGUCUAGUUGGUGCUGGUGUGAAACAUAAUUUCAUUCGAAGUCUCUGUGGGAGCAGUCAGUCCACACGCACACUAACUCAACUCUACAGGAAAGAUUCAUCAAACUGGCUGACAUACCAGCACUUGAAGUUCCUGAAACAACAGUAUGUUGCGAAGAACAAUAGUGAGCUUCACCAACAUGCAGUCCCAAAACAGGCACUAACCGUUGUGGAUGAGCGAGAUGACGGUGUUGAGAAACGGGUUCACCUAAUGCCAACUACUGACCGUGUGGUCACAGACAUAGUUCCACUCACAGAGAAUGUCACUAAUAAGGCCCAGCCUGUGGUGCCCACUGUAAAGUCAACAACUGGUGCUAUGACGCAACACAAAACCUUUGCAUCUGAUACAGAGAUAAUAUCAGAUGAGUCCCGCCAUGAGCAUGUGGAGUCUGAUGAAGCAAAGCAGGCACGUUUUGACAGGCAGUGGAAGGAGCUGAAGCUUGACAUGGGUGACUUAAUGGACAUCUAUGCCAGGCUUUCCAAAAUCAAACUCACAGCUCUGGUAGUUAUGACUGCAGCAGCAGGCUAUGCAAUCGCUCCAGUGCCCUUUGAUCCCGUCACCUUCUUCGUGUCUUCUCUGGGAACAGGCCUCUCCUCUUGUGCUGCUAAUUCGAUCAACCAGUAUUUUGAGAUGCCAUUUGACUCCAACAUGAAUCGUACAAAGAACCGUCCACUCGUCAGAGGGCAGAUCAGUCCUCUUCAUGCAGUGUGCUUCGCCGUGUCCUGUGGCGUUCCUGGUGUCACACUACUCACGUUGGCGGUGAACCCCUUGACAGGCUUCCUAGGUGCCCUCAACAUUUUCCUCUACACCUGUUGCUACACACCACUCAAGAGGCUCAGCAUCGUCAAUACCUGGGCGGGGGCCGUGGUGGGGGCCAUACCUCCAGUUAUGGGCUGGACGGCUGCUACAGGUUGCUUGGAACCAGGUGCCUUGUUGCUGGGUGGCUUGUUGUACAGCUGGCAGUUCCCCCACUUCAACGCGCUCAGUUGGAACUUGAAGGAGGACUAUUCCAGAGGCGGCUACCGCAUGAUGUCUGUCACCCACCCAGCCAUGUGCAAACGGGUGGCCCUGCGCCACAGCGUGGGCCUUAUCGGCCUGUCCACCUUAGCCCCCAUGCUGGACAUCACAACCUGGACCUUCCCCAUCAUCUGCUUACCCAUCAACCUGUACAUCAGCUUCCUGGCCUUCCGCUUCUACUACAAGGGAGACCGGAGCAGCGCGCGCAGUCUGUUCUUCUGCAGCCUCUGGCACCUGCCCACGCUCCUCCUGCUGGCUUUCACCUGUAAGAAGCGUCAGACAGACGAAGAUGCUCCGACUGUAACUCCAGCUUCCUCACCACAACACUUUUGACCCCAGAGAGCCGAAUUCGAACUGAGAUCCUCCUCCUGUUCACUGUCGCGUUUGGAAGGGGCCAGAUGAGGGACACAUCAUUUUAUACUGUGCUCAGCUUAAACCAGUGAUGGUGAUGGCACAUCAGGGAAUCACAGGUUAAAAUAGUCUAAUUACACAAACCUCACUGAAUUAUUCCACGAGGUUGUCAUCAUUUCAUUGUGUGCCUGCUGUGUGUAUAUUCUGUUUGUAUUUAUAGGUGCCCAUAAGCCUCUCGCCCAACAGUGCAAACCAGUAGUGGGUACAGCUAACCUGAAAGAUAACUUCGAUAACUGCUAAUCCACAAAGUCAGAUGUUAAUUGUGGUAACACUAAACCACAAAAACAUUUAGUUGAAGGCAGCUAUCGCUAACUACCACCUUUUAUUUCAUGAAUUUAGCUUUGGUUUUGCUUUUUUUUUUCUUUUUUUUUUUGAUCUCUCACCUUGAUUAAAGACCUAAAGAAAUGGAAUUAUAUAUGUUGAAUUGUAAGCAUAGAGGUUCCCAAAAUGGCUUAGUACAUAUGUAAUUACAUGAACAAAUGAAAUUAAAAAUGGUUUCCUUUUAACAUGCACUUUAUUAGCAGUAUAGAACUGAUUUAAUUUUAAUCUAAUUAAUACAUUUACUCUGGCUUGAUCUCCUGCUCUUCCAUCCUGAUGUUCACAGGAAAUAUGUUGACUUUGCUUAUUGCAUUUAUGUAAAAGCUCCAACAGAAACAAAUGUACGAUUUUAGGGUUUAUAAAUCUUACUGACCCUUAAACUUUAUUCCAAAAAAAAAAAAAAAUUGCUGACUUAAAGUUAGCAGAACUAAAUUAUGUCGAAGCUAAUUUGUCCACUAAUGGUUUUCAAAGUUAGCCGAACAGCUAAUCCGCUAAUGGGGAAAAAAAACUUAGCUUUACUUAUGAGCUAAUUAGCUUAACUGUGCCCACCACUGGUGAAAACUACAGGUCACCUUUUGCAGAUUAGCAAACGCAGGAGGACCUGCGGGAAGACGUCAUUAUUGGCGUUCAUUCAGAGUAUAAAAAUAGGACAUUGAAGCAGCUACAACCCGGGACUUUAUGUCUGUGGACUGCAACAUUGUUUGACUUCUUAUUUGAUAUUUUAUAAGCCUAAUUUUCUUGUGCUGCUCAGCGACCUCCCUGGUGAUCUCUGCUUUAAUUUAACACAAUUUGCCUGCACCAAAAUAGCAUUCAGCCCCUGUAAGAACCAUAAGGGCAAAUGUUCUCUGACAAUAAACACGUUGUGAUUAUACUCU